GCCGGAGGUGUUGGCCCCCGUCCGACUUAGCAGGUGAAGCGCCUCUCCCGAAAGUCUUUUAAGGACUCGGCUGGCUGGGUCGCUCUUUGGCCACUCCACCUCGCCGGAGCGCUCCUUUCGCCCGCUGGCCGGUUGCAAUUGGAGCCACUUCCUCCGCCCUGAGAUAGCCCGGCGAGCGGGGGGCGCCCCCACGUUCGGCGGAGGAACCGGCAGGGAGAAGCAUCCUUUGGGCUUUUCUCUUCAGCCGAAGUCCCGUAUAAAAAGCACCCACCGGGGCGGAACUGGCUCGGCUGCUUUCCUCGGAAGUUAGGCUUCGAUAAAGAUUAGCCCCUUCCAGCCUGCCCGGUGGUUCGCCUUCUCCGGAGUCGUUUCUUUUUCUUUUCUUUUCUUUUUUCCCCCGUUUGUUUCUCCUUUGACACGUCGAUGGUGAGAAUCUCGAAGCUCAACUCCGGGCGCUGCCAUGGCCUUCGCUAAUUUCCGGCGCAUCUUGCGCCUCUCUAACUUUGAGAAGCGGCGAUCCAAAGAAUACGAGCACGUGCGCCGGGACUUGGAUCCCAACGACGUGUGGGAGAUCGUCGGAGAGCUGGGCGACGGCGCCUUCGGCAAGGUGUACAAGGCCAUAAACAGAGAGACUGGAGCCUUAGCUGCUGCCAAAGUUAUUGAGACAAAAAGUGAAGAUGAGCUGGAAGACUAUAUGGUAGAAAUAGAGAUUCUUGCUACUUGUGAUCACCCACACAUUGUAAAACUUCUAGGAGCCUUUUAUUAUGACAGCAAAUUAUGGAUUAUGAUUGAGUUUUGUCCUGGUGGAGCUGUAGAUGCUACUAUGCUAGAGCUGGAUCGAGGCCUGACUGAAUCCCAGAUCCAGGUGAUUUGUCGCCAGAUGCUGGAAGCCCUGAACUAUCUGCAUGGCAAGAAGAUUAUCCAUCGAGACUUGAAGGCAGGCAAUGUGUUGCUAACCCUAGAUGGAGAUAUUAAACUUGCCGAUUUUGGAGUAUCAGCCAAAAACAUGAAGACUAUGCAGAAGAGGGAUUCUUUCAUUGGCACACCAUACUGGAUGGCUCCCGAAGUAGUGAUGUGUGAGACUAUGAAAGACACCCCUUAUGAUUACAAGGCUGACAUCUGGUCCUUGGGCAUAACACUCAUAGAAAUGGCACAAAUAGAGCCACCUCAUCAUGAGCUGAACCCUAUGAGGGUCUUGCUGAAAAUAGCCAAAUCUGAUCCUCCGACUCUUAAUUAUCCAUCAAAGUGGUCUCCAGCAUUCAGAGAUUUUCUGAAGACUGCACUUGACAAAAACCCUGAGACCCGGCCAACUGCCACACAAUUACUGGAACAUCCUUUUGUCAGCAAGGUCACCACUAAUAAAGCCUUACGUGAGCUGGUGGCAGAGGCAAAGGCUGAAGUGAUGGAGGAAAUUGAAGACAAUAGAGAGGAAGUUGAAGAGGAGGACUCGUCAGAAUCUGCCUCUCCUCAAGACGUUCAGAAGAGGGAUUCCUUUCUUGCAAGCCAGCUAGGUUCGGGAGGAGAAAAGCUUCAAGAAAACCACUUAUCACUUGUAACCAAUGGACCAAAGUUGCCUUUGGAGCACGUCAAGGAAGCUAUAAAUGGACAGGACAGCAGGCUUUUGGAGGAAGAAGUUAGAACUGAAGCUCUGGUCAAAACUGCUGAGCGCUCAGAUUUGUUGGGAAUAGAAAGUUAUUCAGUCCUGCCUGGUGCCAAACAAAAGUUAAGCACCAGCCCCCAGGCAUUACAGCCCAAUGAAAACAUUAAACCAGCAGAGGAUGAGGCUGUCAACCACCAAAAGGAAAGCACUGAAACAGCAAACAGUGAGAAUUCAAAUUGGGGAAGCCAAACUGUAAACAGCCUCCUUGAAACACCGACUGAAGAAAAAGUCCCCAAUGGGAGUUUGAACUCUUCUCAGUUUGAGAAUGAUAGCUUCAAGAGAGAUUCUGAUUCCGGAAGCACCUCUGCUUCAGAGAGUAUGGACCUCAACAUCUCUUUGUCCCUGAACAGAGGCAGUGAGUCCCAUUCCCUAAAGAAUGCAAAAAUGCAGAACAUGACACUGAAACGAACAAGAAGAUUUGUAGUAGAUGGAGUGGAAGUGAGUGUUACUACCUCAAAAAUCAUCAGUGAAGAUGAAAAGAAGGAUGAAGAGAUGAGAUUCCUCAGGCGCCAGGAGCUGCGGGAGCUACGUUUACUUCAGAAAGAGGAACAUCGGAAUCAGACACAGUUAACAAGCAAACAUCAGCUGCUCCUGGAACAAAUGUUAAAACGUUUUGAGCAAGAAAUGAAUUCAAAGAAGAAAUUUUAUGACACGGAACUAGAAAACCUAGAACGGCAACAGAAGCAGCAGAUUGAAAAAAUGGAGCAAGAUCAUGCACUGCACCGGCGAGAUGAAGCUAAACGUAUCCGUGCUGAGCAAGAACGGGAUCUGGUUAAAUUUCAAGAACUGCUGAAACAAAGAAAGAAAGAGCUCAAAAAUGACAUUGAAAAGCUCCCACGGCAACAACGCAAGAGCAGCAUGAAAGUGAAGAUGGAUGAAUUUGUACAAAAAAAGCAAGUUAUGGAACAAGACUUUAUAGCCAAACAGUCUGAGGAUCUGGAGCAGGCUAUGAAAAACAUUACAGCUCAGAAUCGGAAAGAGAUCUGUGACAAAGAACGAGAUUGCCUCAAUAAAAAGCAGCAACUUAUGAGAGACCGAGAAGCUACUAUUUGGGAUCUUGAAGAGCACCAUCUGCAGGAGAAGCACCAGAUUUUGAAACAGCAACUAAAAGAUCAGUAUUUCCUCCAGAGACACGAGCUGCUCCGAAAACACGAGAAGGAACGUGAGCAAAUGCAACGAUAUAACCAGCGCAUGAUAGAACAGCUGAAAGUUCGGCAGCAGCAAGAGAGGGCCCGUCUCCCCAAAAUUCAGAGGAGUGAAGGGAAAACCCGCAUGGCCAUGUAUAAAAAGAGUCUCCAUAUCAACUCCAGUGGAAGUGCUUCAGAACAGAGAGAGAAGAUAAAACAGUUUGCACAGCAGGAAGAUAAGAGACAAAAAGCUGAGCGAGUGCAACAGCAGCAGAAGCAUGAAAUGCAGAUGAAGGAGAUGUUGGUUCAGUGUGAGGGCAACAUGAAUGAACUCCAGCAGUUACAGAAUGAAAAGUGCCACCUUCUGGUUGAACAUGAGACCCAAAAACUGAAAGCUCUGGAUGAAAACCACAACCUGACCCUCAAGGAUUGGCGAGAUAAACUUAGGCCAAGAAAAAAGGCACUAGAAGAUGAACUAAAUCAGAAAAAGCGAGAACAAGAGAUGUUUUUCAAACUCAGUGAAGAAACUGAUGGUCUGUCUCCUAUGUCACCAAACAAGCCUGCUAAAUUUGUGCCAUUCAGCUCUGCAGAGGCUUCAUAAUACUUGGGUUAAGAAAGCAAGGCUUGGUAAUACUUGCCUUUGCCUGUUGAAGGGAAAUCAAUAGACAGAGCUCCUUCCUCUCUCUGCCAACUGUGAUCAGGGUUUCCUGUUCAGUUGUGUGCCGGAUAGUCAAUGUGGCUAGCAAUCUGAUCCACUAGUGGUGAGGCAGGUUCACAUAUAGGUUAGAAGCAAGCUGUAGCAAGCUUCAAGGGGACCAGCUGAUGGGGUCAACUGCAGAAUCUACAUUGCUUGCUGAAUCCUUCCCCAACCAGUUUCACCAUUUCCUAAUGGGAUAGUAGAAAAGGUAUUAAGACAGGGAUCUUCAAACUUGGCAAGUUUAAGACUUGUGGACUUCAACUCCCAGAAUUCCUCCUCCAAUCAUGUUAGCUCAGGAAUUCUGGGAGUUGAAGCCCACAAGUCUUAAACUUGCCAAGUUUGAAGACCCUUGGUCUAAGAGGAGAUUAAUUAGAGUAUUGGUUUAAUUUCCCAAGUUAGCUUUCCUGUGUAUCUGAGCUUAAUGAGUAGGUGGUUUUACUCAACAGUAUAUCUUUGAGACUCAAUAGUAGAUGUUGUUUACCUUUGAUAGCCUUUAAGAUGACAGUAAACCAUCACCUCUGUUUAAUGUUGUCCCUACUCUUGUAAAUUAAGCAAAAGACUGAUUUUUGUUCUGUGCUUCCCUUUUGGAAUUAAUCUGUCUCUCAGCAUCUUCCAAACAACUUAUGACAUAAUUGGGGUUUUUUUCUUCGCUAUAGAAUAGCCUGAAAUUUAGAAGCAAAGCAGUCUUAAAACAAACAGGGUAGCCAGAGGAAUGCAUUUCUAUCAUGGUGAAGGUUGAGUAGAGACUGGAUAAUGCUUCCAACCUGGACUAUGUUUAAAUAAACAGACCUGCCCAAGCUAAAUGGUUGUAAAUGUACAGUAAGGAAGAAUGAUCUUUCUCUGCUUUGUCAAUCAUCUGUGAUCCCUGUAGCUUCUCUUUUCAGAUGCAGCAAUCUACUUUUGGUUUACCUGUGUGCUAGUGAAUCUGUGUACUAGUGAACUAGAAUUCUGUGGUUCCUUUUCUUUCCACAGUCAAGGAUGAAGCUUCUGCUGAAGUUAUGGAAAGAGUUAAUGUUUACUCUUUAGGUAAAUUAGAGAAGAGCAACCCCAGAUGUCCAUGGCAACAAAGGUGUAGCUGGACUAAGGUUGAAGGCACUUCACUUUGUAUCAAAUUGUAUAUGAUUUUCAAGUUUUCAUAGAAUAGCAAAUGCUAGCUUAGGGACUUUCUCGUGCUAAAUGAUUGGGUGUGCUCAGAAUUGACACAAUUUUGAAAUAAAGCGAUGCUAGAUGGCUAUGAGUAAUUCCAGCCUUUGCAGUUUCUCUGAAUCAGUAGAAAGGGCCACCUAAGAGAAGCCACAGAUUGUAGAAUAUAUUAUAUAUAUUUAUAAUGCUAUAGCAGUUCAGUAUUUCAAACUUUUACAAAUGCUAUUUUUGACCAAAGAGGUCUCUUUUCAUUCCCUCCCACAUGUUUUGUUUUAUUUAAUAUAAAUUUCCAAAGGUUUGGGAAGUGUGCAUUUCCCUAUGAAUUAUAUUUAAAUUGUUGUUUUCUCAUUGAUGAAAUAUAAUUCACACAGAUUUCAAUUUGAGCAACCAGCUAUAUGUGAUAAAUGCGUAUUGUUUGGUACUCGUUUAACAGAAAACUGAUACAAUUCAUUUUCACCAUCUCAGAACAAUACGCCUUUAUGGAGAGAACAUGGUCCAGUGUUUCUUUUGAUGUCCAGUAUAGCGUUGUUCUAAGCAUAGCUCGUUACCCUCUUGGUAGGAAAAAUGGUUCUGUUUUUUUAUGCACUGUUCUUUGAAGCACUGUUGCUAAUGACCUGAUUUCUGUGCUGACAGCUAAUUUGUUGGCAUGUCAAUUGAAGUUUAGUAAACUAGUGGUGGCUGACAGAGUUGGUCACAAUGUGUCAGGCAUUAUAUUAAAGGUGGCAGGGUGAAAAUACAAUCUGAAAGAAAUGCCUGCCGAAAGGAUACUGGAUGUUAGAAGUUUUUAGGAAGUGUGUGUUCACAAAGCACUUUAAUCCCUCUUCAAACUGUUUUAGAUCUUUGAGUGUUAAGAUAAUGUGUGAGGAGAGAGAGAGACAAAAGGGAACAAAUCCUUCACAUGAAUGUUGUAAGUAAAAGCAAAUUUUCUUUAAAUGAACAGUGUUAGCUUCGUGUUGAAAAUGAUGGAUGCUUUAUAAUCAUUGUGUCUUGGGUGCAUUGAUUUGUAUGCACAUUCCUGCUUUUUCCUCUCUUGGCCAAGAAAGUAAACAAUGGCAUACACUCACAAUUGCUUUUUCUCUCUUCCCUUCCCUUGCCAAACUGAUCCUGGCUGUUCCCAAAGGGGCUAGAACUUCCCUCUGUGCAAUAUGUACUUUCUAGUUUUUUCAGAAAAGUUGUUGAAAUAAAGUAUCUUUUCCCUUCUUUAAACACUUGUUAGCUUGUGGGGGGGGGAUAUUUUGGUUUCAUCAGGGGAGAAGGAAAGUAUUUUGUAUUUUUAUAGGGGUAAGGGUUUUUUGGGGGGGAAAACAACAACUCAAGGAUGUUCUCUUUUUGGAUAACCACAGUGAUGUAAAUAAUCUAAUAAAAUACGAACCACUAAGCCUUUGCAUAGCGAUCCAGAAUUGCAUUCCUGCUGUGUGUCUCUUUAGGUCAGCAGUGCUGAGCUGUAUUUAUACAUGAUCUUGUCUUGGCUACAGUGGAAUUGUGUUU